AGUUCACAUUCUGUAGGUGACAUCAUGCAGCCCUAUCUUCGCAAGCUCCGCAAGCUGAAGCGCAGCAAGCCCAGCGACCUGGAGGAGAGCGUCGCCAAGACGCUCUUCGAGCUGGAGACGUCGCACAAGACCCUCCGCCAGGAGCUGCCGCGCUUCAACAUCAACGGCGUGCGCAUGGUCAAGGUGCCGCGCUCGAAGAAGACCGCCAUGGUGAUCUUCUACCCCCUGCGCUUCCUGAUGCUGGUGCGCAAGGUGCAGCGCGUGCUGACCUCCGAGCUGGAGAAGCGCCAUUCGGGCUGCAUCGUGCUGCUGGUUGCGCAGCGCAAGAUCACGAAGCGCCCGACGGACUUGUACAAGCGCCAGAGCGUGCAGCGCUCCAAGACGAGCACCGCGGUGUUCGAGAACAUCCUGAACGACCUCAUCUACCCGAGCGACGUCGUGGGCCGCCGCUGGCGCUUCCGCACGGACGGCAGCAAGAUGAUGAAGGUGUUCCUCGAUGCCCGUGACCGCAAGCGCGUGGAGUCCCGCCUGCGCGUGAUCGCGUACGUGUACAAGCAGCUGACGCACCGCCGUGUGUCCUUCGGCUUCAUGUGGAACCCGAAGCUGCAGCAGGUCUCCACCCGCUAA